AUGCGAUUUGUGAAAAUAUUAUUUUUAUUAUUAUUGAUAAAUAAUAUUUUUGGUUUUAACGAAAUUAAUAUUAAUAAUAACAACGAUAGCGGUAAAGAUAAUGAUGCACAAUUCGCAGAAAAACCAAAAAAUCAGACAGUAUUAUUAGGUGAAAAUGUAUUGUUAAAAUGUGUCGCAAAACCCUCAUACAGCGGUGAAGCAUUAUACAGUCAGUGGAAAAGUAAUGAUGGAGCACUUUUAGGUUUUAAUGAUGCUGGAGUAUUAGCCGGACAUGGUCAACGUUAUAGUUACAUUCGUGAAAAUAUUAAUGAAAAGCAUUUGUUGAUAACGAAUGUAACACUUGAUGACGACGGUCAGUUUGAAUGUCAAAUGACGCGAAUUCGUACUGGUGGAUUUCGAGCAUCUGCUUAUGUUAAUGUUAUUGUACCACCAACAGAAGUAAAAUUACUGGGUCAUAAUUCUGGAGAAGUAAUAGCCGUUGAAGAAAAUAUAAUAUUAAAUAUAAGUUGUGGAGCAUUCAAUGCAAAACCAGCUGCAAUCAUUCACUGGCACGUUAAUGGUCGCAAAAUACAUGAUGAAGUAUAUCGUUGGAAUACACAAAAUAUUAAUAAGACGGUUACAACGUUUGCAGCUGUUUUGUGGAAACCAUCGCGGAAUGAUAAUAAGAAAAUAUUUACGUGUGAAUCGUCUCAUUCUUCUUCAAUUAUUCAGCGAGUUAAUUUUACCUUAAAUGUUUUAUAUCCCGCAGAUAAACCGAGAAUUACGUUAUUAAAUGAUAAUGAUAUAUUAAGAGUUGGAAAUAAUAUUACUUUGCUAUGUUCGACAGUUGGAGGUAAUCCACCUCCUAAUGUAACUUGGUUGCUAGAUCAACGAAUUAUUAGCAAUGCGUUUCAAUAUAAUGCUGAUAAUUUGGAAACAACGAAUGCAUAUUCGAUGGUUGUUGGAGCUGAAGAUAAUGGCGUAAAUUUUAUAUGCCAAUCUUGGAAUCACAAGGAUAAUGCCGUACGUGAAAGAAUUCAAUUGGAUGUCGCAUUUGCACCGCUAGGAGUGGAUAUUUAUGCGGAAAGUUCGGUGAGAUUGGGAAGGACGAUGUAUGUUCAUUGUAGAUCUCGAUUGUCAAAUCCGGCAUCAAAAAUUAUUUGGUUAAUAAAUGGAAUUGUCGCUUCAUCAGCUAAUGAAACUGUAUACCAACAAUCGAAUGGAUUUAUUUCAUUAUCAAAUAUAACAUUUAAUACGGCUGAUGUUUCGUCUUCAAAUUUUCGCAUUAUUGUUGAAUGUAUUGCAAAAAAUAACGAAGGAACUGCAAAGAAGCAACACACCAUAAGAAUUUUGUCACCUCCUGGCGAGCCAGUGAUUUAUGGUACCGAUGAAACAUUAUUGGAGGGUGAGGUUUUAAAUAUGACAUGUGAAUCACAUGGUGGCAAUCCCUUGGCUGCACUUUCUUGGUAUCGAAGUGUGGAAAAGGUACAAGAAACAAAAAGUGCAGUUUCUGGUGAUAUCUCGCAAAGUAUGAUUUCAAUUUUGCUUGAUAGAACAAUGAACAAGCAGCACAUAAAAUGUGAGGCAAAUAAUGGAGCGCUGGAUGAACCAUUAUCGGCUACUCGGACGAUUCGUGUUUUAUUUCCUCCUCGACAUUUAAUUAUCCGAAAAGAGAGUCAAACUGGUCAUAAAGUAAUAUCUGGUGAAUUAGCCAAAUUCAUUUGUAUCGUUCCUUCAUCAAAUCCAGCUGCUAAUAUUGAUUGGAAAUUUGAGAAUGAUUUCACUAAUUUCCGCGAAGAAAAUCGUCGAAAUAAAUCAAGUCAUGAAUUUGGUGGAUUUGAAGUUGAAAGUUUAGUCGAGUUCAUUCCAACGGAGGAUUUAGAUGGAUAUAAUCUAAAAUGUAUAGCAUCCCAUCCAUUGUGGAACACGCAGAAAACUUCAUCGUUUCCUUUGGUUGUUUUGUACGCUCCCAAUGCAGUUGUUGAUGGACCAAUAACAAUUGCUGUUACUGAAGGUGAUUCUUUCAAAGAAAAUAUAACAAUUCGCGCAAAUCCGCCUGUUUCAACUUGGAGAUGGAAGAAAAAUGGCGUUCCUUUUGAAUAUACAGUGGGGGCCAUAAUCGCUAGAGGAUCAACAAUUUCGGGUCGAAGUGUUGGAAGAUCAGACAGUGGAUUAUACUCAUUAAUGGCUAUAAAUAGUAUUGGUAUGGCUAAUAUUUCAGUGCGUCUAACUGUUGAAUUUCCGGCAUAUGUAAAACAUAUAACACCAAUAACAAUAGCAUCAGAUGGAGAGGAAGUCGAUAUGGAAUGUGUGGUCAAUGGUUUUCCUAAAAAAAAUGGGAUGGUAAAAUGGUUAUAUAAUGGUGCCCCAAUAAUAAGCAUGUUUGUGGAAGAAACACGUGCUGUUUUAAGAAUAAAUGCUUCGCACGAAACGAGUGGAGCAUAUAUCUGCGUUGCUGAUAAUGGUAUUGGUAAGCCUAAUCAAACCACCACUUAUUUGCUGAUAAAAAAAGCUCCAUCAAUAGAUCGGCAGUCGUCAUUUUUAAGAGCGGCUGGGCCAAUCGGCGGACACGCUCGUUUGCGCUGUCGCGUUGUAGCUGUUCCAGAUGUUACGUUUCAUUGGACAGUGGAUGGGCGAAUUUCUCCUUUGCGUUAUAAUGACUCGAAAUAUUCUUUUUAUAGUGUGGCAAUUAAUCAUUCCACCUUCGAGAGUACGCUGUUGAUUUCCGGCUUAGAUCAAUAUGAUUAUCAACGUAAGGUAAAAUGUCUUGCCAUGAAUCGUUUGGGGGACGAUUCGAUUGAAAUUCAAGUCGGUCCUUUGACUACUCCUGAUGUUCCAAUAACAAUUCGCGCUGUUAAUGUGUCGAAAUCAUCUAUAGUGCUCAAUUGGAUGGCUGGCUUUGAUGGUGGCGCUGAUCAAAUUUUUGAAAUCCGAUAUCGCAUAUACUCCGAAAAUGUUUAUCACACCCUUAACUCUACAUCAUCAAAUAUUGAAAUAAAAGGAUUGAAACCGGCUUCGCGUUAUGAAAUCGCUAUCCGAGCGAUUAAUGCUAGGGGCUUCAGUAGCUCUUAUUCUCGUCCAAUAUAUGCCUAUACUAAAGAUAAAAAUGGUGUAGAUUUGUCGGUAGUUGACCAGAGUGAUUCAUUUUCUCCAUUUAUGGUAGCACUGUUUGGAUUCGGUGGAUUAGUAUUGCUAAUCAUAAACUGCAUGUUACUGUGUUAUAUGCAUCGUAGACAAAAAAAGAAGAAAAUACAAGAAAAAACUGAAAUGGUUCGAAAGAGUCAGGGUGAUAGCGAUGUCCGUCCGGUGCAGAUGUAUGGAGCAUUGACGAACAUGGAUAAUUCAUAUCGUCCUGAUUCCACAAAUACUAAUCGCAGUGAACUUGCUCGUGAACAUGCUUCAGAGGACGAUCAGAGUGUAAGGACGAUGAUUGAAGUUAACCCCGAGGGUUACGUGCAGCAAGUCGAUCCAAGCAUGUUCUAUGACAGAGGUUCUCAUAUGGAAUGUGAUUUUGAUCCCAAUUUUUAUGCAAGUGUUAUUCGAUCGGAGACAUUAAGGAACACAGCACCAACUUCAUAUACAAAUAUUCAUUACACGGACUCAUCUACUCCACAGAUAUCCAUUACAUCUCACGGAUAUGAUGAUAAAAGCUCAAUAUAUAAGAGUACAUUGCCGAGAGCACAUGGGAUUAAUUCUCCUCCAGGAAUUCGAGUUCCUAGAAUAAUUGAUACGAACCCUUCGCUAAAUAAUAUUUCUAACAAUAAUAACAAUAUUACGCCGCAGAUGUUAAGAACAUUUGUUCAUCCAAACGGUAUUCAUACAGCUCCUUUGGAUUAUUCACAUAUUGACGGUGAUCUUGUAUAA